AUGAAGCUCACCAUCUCCAACUGCAUCCUCCUCCUCGCCGCGCUCGACGUCCACGCUGCCCAGGCACGAGCCCUGCCGGCAGAGCCUGGCCUGGCUUCCACCCAGCUUUCUGAGAGAGCCUACCGUGGUGGCAACGGUAUUCCAAGCCAGAACGGCGUCUCUCGCGGUAGAUUCGGCGCUAGUCCUGCGAAGAGGGAUGACUCGCCCUUGGACACUAGGACCUACCGUGUAGGUGGUGGUACAAUCCCCGGUCCGAAUGAUGUGUCUCGUGGGAGAUUCGGUUCCAGCCCUGCCAAAAGACAAACAUAUGAGUUGGGAGACCUCAUCGACAUUAUCGACGGCCUCCAACAGCGCCAAGUUGAACGUCGUCAGGCUGAGAGCACCGCCUUUCCCGUCAACGAGGCGCCUCAGCCUGUUGAUACCGCCAUUCCCAUUCCUGAAGCGCCCCCAGUGCCAAUUAGCACCGCUAUCCUCGAUGCUCCUCCGGCACCAGUUCCUACCGCUAUCUUCGAUGCUCCUCCGGCACCAAUCAGUACCGCUAUUCCCGACGCUCCUCCGGCACCGAUCGAUACCGCCAUUCCGAAUGUCCCCUCUGUGGUAAUUGGUACCCAGAUUCCGGUUACUCCGGUUUCGGCGCCGGUUGUGACCGAGGUGCCUGUUUUCCAGGUAGCUGAUGGGUUUAUCACUGCUAUUCGGGCGAGACAGAACACGGCCGUGAACGGUGACAAUGUUGUAAAAGUCGAACAGGCGACUUCCGUUGUUGGGGAGCCGACUGCUGUUGUUGGACAGGCGACUGCUGUUGUUGGGGAGCCGAGUCGGCCGAUCAGGACUGAGUUCGCCAUUGUGGCUAAUGUGAUCUAUGAGUGA